UGUGGAACAGGUCUGAAAGAGGCACAGAGAGCGAGUGUGGGAGAUUCACCUGACGAGAAAACAGAAGUGAGGGAGUCUGUGGCAGAAACAGCCAAUCAGCAGGCUGCAGAGCAGCAGGGGGAGGGGCCAACAGAAAAGGAUCUUGGGCCUGGUCUCCAUGACAACGAGUCUGGAUCAGAGGAUGUGGAGUCCCAGAUACAAGCUGCUGUGCCCCUCCCUCCUCUGGUGGAAGACGACUUUGUUCCAGAUGAUCCUCGAGACAGUCUUAAUCCACACGACGACGACGUCGGCACUAUCGACACGAGCGGAGUUUUAGUUGAGGAUCCUCCACCAGCAGAGAGCACUGCAGUGGAGUCUGGACACUUUGUCACCAGCUCUAAGUUUUCACAGGAAGCAGAGGCUCCUGUUAAACAAGCUGAGAAGGAACCAGAACCACAAACUGACCCAGAACCACAGAGAGAGACACACAAAGAAGCUGAGGGUGUUGCAGGAACAACAGAGACUGAGUCUCAGGACCAACUCAAAGAUAAAGCAAAGAAGAAGAAACCAAAACUGUUGAAUAAGUUGGACAAAACCAUUAAGGCAGAGCUCGAUGCAGCAGAAAAGCUUCGUAAAAAGGGUAAAAUGGAGGAGGCGUUAAAAUCCUUCGAGACCCUGGUGCAGCAGAAUCCUCUGAGCCCACGCGCUCGCUAUGGAAAAGCCCAGGUGGAGGACGACCUGGCGGAGAAGCUGCGGAGUAACGACAUGCUGCAGAGAGCCAUCAACUCCUACAGAGAGGCGGCGGAGCUUCCUGACCCGACCCCUGACCUCCUGAGGGCCGCGCUAAAGAGACGCGCUGAGAGGCAGCAGUUUCUGGGUCGGAUGCGAGGAUCUGUGGCGACGCUGGGGCUGUUGGUUCAGAACUUUCCUGAUGACAUCGGCCUGAAGAACGACCUGGGUGUCGCCUACCUGUUGCUAGGAGACAACAAAGGUGCCAAGAAGGUCUACGAGGAGGUCCUGGCGGUUGCCCCUGACAACGGCUUUGCUAAAGUUCACUACGGUUUCAUCCUGAAAUCUGAAAACAUGAUCGCAGAGAGUAUACCAUACCUGAAGGAAGGUUUGGAGUCCGGUGAACCAGGGACGGACGAUGGACGUUUUUAUUUCCACCUGGGAGACGCAUUGCAGAGAGUCGGAGAUGACAGUGCGUAUCACUGGUACGAGCUGGGUCACAAACGUGGACACUUUGCAUCCGUGUGGCAGAGGUCACUGUACAACGUGGACGGACUGAAGGCUCAGCCCUGGUGGACGCCCAGAGAGACCGGGUACACCGACCUCGUCAAGAUGCUGGAGAGGAACUGGAGGACGAUCAGGGACGAGGCUCUGGCCGUAAUGGACCAGAACACUGGCCUGUUCGUACCUGAGGAGGAAAACCUGAGAGAGAAAGGAGAGUGGGGCCAGUACACACUGUGGCAGCAAGGAAGGAAAGCUGGAAACGUCUGUCAGAACGUCCCCAAGACCUGUGCCAUGAUAGAGAGACAUCCUGAGGCUACAGGCUGCAAGAGAGGACAGAUUAAGUUUUCAGUCAUGCAGCCUGGGACUCAUGUGUGGCCUCACACAGGUCCCACUAACUGCAGACUGAGGAUGCACCUCGGCCUCGUCAUCCCCAAACCAGGCUGCAGGAUCCGCUGCACUGACCAGACCAGGGAGUGGGACGAGGGUAAAGUCCUCAUCUUUGACGACUCUUUCGAACACGAGGUCUGGCAGGACGCCGACAGUUACCGCCUCAUCUUCAUCGUCGACGUCUGGCACCCGGAGCUAACACAGUACCAGCGCCAGACCCUCAGUGCCAUUUAGGCCAGACCAGGACCAAGACCAGGACCUAGACCAGGACGCAGACCAGCACUCAGACCAGUGUGAAUGUGGACCUGCUUCAUUUGUGGAUGAACUACUAAAAACUGCAGAAGAUGAAGGAACAAAGGAUGGAAAUUCAAAUUUCAAUGUGUCUUUUUUUUUUUUUCUGAGACGUACUACUGACUUGACCUUUGACCAGAAAAACUCACAGAACCUGGUUCUGGACCUGGUUUAUGUUUGUAAGGACGUGGAAAUCUUGGUGGGAAGUUUAGUGUCACUUGACAGUUUUUGACUUUUUCUUCAAAGGUACAGGAGUUCCUGAGAGUCCGAGCAUCCUGGCGUCUUGACGUCCUGACGUCCUGGCGUCCUGGUGUCUUGAUGUCCUGGCGUUCUGCUCUGUGGACUCGCAUCACAACAAGAACACUAACAACUGGAGGAAACACUGAGUGAAUGUUUUUUUCCGCUCGAUCACUACACAACUUUAUUUUAACUUUGGUUUUUCUUCACCUUUGCACAUCAACGACCUUAAGAAACAUGGAAAAAAUGAUUUAUAUUUAUAUGAAAAUACAGGAAAAAAUGUGUAAAAAUAAACAGAGUUUGUUUCUUUCUUUUUUCAUCUUUCAGCUUGCGUCGAAAUGAGAAGCCACGACCGCCCUAAAGGGACAGUCCAAGUCCAGGCUCAGCAGUGGUGAACUGGUGUCUCUGUCGUUGUGUCUCAGUCGUCCUGGUUCAGCCACAGACUGUGACCUCUUCAUCAUCAUCUCCUUCUCUCCUCC